UCAAUCACAAUACAACCCUGUCCUUUCUCCUGCGAAAAUUGCACAUGGCUUGAAGUCCACGCAAGUGCACGACUCCAUUUCAUGACAAUUUCUUGCAUUUCAAGUGUUUAUUUUUAAUAGAUUUUUGUGUGGAAACGUAAAUUAAACGGUUUUGAACACAAAGUAUUCACAUCGUGGAAGGUGCAACGUUGAAGUUGAAAUAAAGGCCACUUACAAAUUGAUAAAUAGAUUACCAGCUAUUUCCCCAAGUUUGAGUCAAAUAGAGGAAAGUCUUCGAAAACGCAUUCAUAACCAUCAAAAAAAGCCAAAACACAAAAAUUUCUAUUGAAAAUUCGCAGUCAAGAAUUAACACUUGAAAUCUAGUGUGCAGCAAGAGCAAUUAAGAUAUUGAAGUAUCAAAGUAAAGUCAUCGAAAAGUCAGUGUAAAUAAACCACAUAACAACAAAAAUGUCUGGUGAGGAAACGUCCGCUGAUCGCAAUGUCGAAAUUUGGAAGAUCAAGAAACUCAUUAAGAGUUUGGAAAUGGCACGCGGUAAUGGCACAAGCAUGAUUUCAUUAAUCAUACCGCCAAAGGAUCAAAUCUCACGUGUCAGUAAAAUGUUGGCCGAUGAAUUCGGCACAGCGUCGAACAUUAAGUCACGUGUCAACCGUUUGUCCGUUUUGGGCGCCAUUACAUCGGUACAACAUAGGCUUAAAUUAUACACCAAAGUGCCUCCAAAUGGUCUGGUCAUCUACUGCGGCACCAUUGUCACAGAAGAGGGCAAAGAGAAGAAGGUGAAUAUUGAUUUUGAACCCUUCAAGCCGAUCAAUACGUCGCUGUAUUUAUGCGACAACAAGUUCCACACUGAAGCGUUGACCGCUUUGCUGGCCGAUGAUAAUAAAUUCGGUUUUAUCGUGAUGGACGGUAAUGGCGCUCUCUUUGGUACACUACAAGGUAAUACACGUGAAGUACUGCACAAAUUCACUGUCGAUCUGCCGAAGAAGCACGGGCGUGGUGGUCAGUCAGCGUUGCGUUUCGCACGUCUGCGUAUGGAGAAACGUCACAAUUAUGUGCGUAAAGUGGCCGAAGUAGCUACGCAAUUGUUCAUAACAAAUGAUAAACCGAAUAUUGCGGGCUUAAUUUUGGCCGGUAGUGCGGACUUUAAGACCGAGUUGAGUCAAUCCGAUAUGUUCGAUCCUAGACUGCAAUCCAAGGUUAUCAAGCUGGUGGAUGUCUCAUAUGGCGGUGAGAAUGGUUUUAAUCAAGCGAUAGAACUGGCGGCCGAGUCAUUGCAGAAUGUCAAAUUCAUACAAGAGAAGAAACUCAUUGGUCGUUACUUUGAUGAAAUUUCUCAGGACACUGGAAAAUAUUGUUUUGGUGUAGAGGAUACCUUGCGCGCCUUGGAAUUGGGUUCCGUUGAGACUUUAAUCUGUUGGGAAAAUUUAGAUAUACAACGUUAUGUGUUGAAGAAUCAUGCGAACUCGACGUCGAACACAGUAUUGCAUUUGACGCCCGAACAAGAGAAGGACAAGUCACAUUUCACCGACAAGGAAAGUGGCGUUGAAAUGGAAUUAAUCGAGUCUCAGCCGCUGCUCGAAUGGUUGGCGAACAACUACAAAAUGUUCGGUGCUACACUUGAGAUUAUUACGGACAAAUCUCAAGAGGGCAGUCAGUUUGUGCGCGGUUUCGGUGGCAUUGGUGGUAUUUUACGCUACAAAGUGGACUUCCAGAGUAUGCAACUCGAAGAAGAUGGGAAUGAUUACUUCGACAUAGAUGACUAUUAGACAAUUAUUGUUUUUUGUUUUUUUUUUUUAUACUUAAAAAAAUUUUCUUCCAUUUGCAAAAAUAAUGAAAAAUAUAUUUAAAUUUAAAAGAACAAUAUAUUAAAAAAACAACAUCCACUUCCAAUACAAGCGUACUCUGCUGACAUCACAAAGUGAAACAGCGUGCGAAUAUUCAUCGAAUUGUUGAUGUCAAAAGAUAAUUGUUAAAAAUCAUCGAAAAUAUAGUAGUAUAUAUAUAUGUAUGUAACUAAGAAGAAAAACAUAAAAAAUUCCCCAAUCCAGAAGACUCAUAGCAAGCAAUACCUCAAAUGGAAGUAGCGUGCCGUAUAAUGCCAGCAAAUCGGUAAAACAACAUUGUAGCGUACAACCAACACCGCGCAAGAAUCUUAUUUCAAGAGCACUCUACUACGCAUGGACAUGAACCGGGACCAACAACCACAACCAUUGUGGUAAAAUAAAUCGGAAAGUUUCGUCGGUGCAUAUACAUAUGUAUGUGGAUACAUUUACGCUACUACAUAUGGUUUAUUACUGGCCUGCGUCCUGCUGUCGUUCAAAGAGUUCAUUGUGCACACAAACCCACACACGAAACUACAUUGCGCUUCGUCUACCUGUCUGUCUGUUACUGCCUGCAAAGCAGACGUCACGUUUUCGACGUCAGCAAAGCAUUUUUUGCGUCUAACAGCAUUUUGGAUUCUAUGCAAAUAAAUUAUAAACAAAAAAUAAUAUGUUUAACAAUUUAAUUUGCGAAGAAAAUAAUUUUGUUAAUUAAAACAAAAAACGGAUGUAAUUUAUAUACACAUAUACAACAAUAUAGAAAUAUACAGAAUUAGAAAAGGCAAAAAAAAAACCAUGUAUAAUAAAAAGAACUGCUACCAAUAACAACAAACAUAUAUGAGGAAACAAGAAUUUAACGGCUAAUAAAGUUAAAACAAAGCAAAAAAGCUGUCAAGUUGCUGUUAA